UUGUCUCCAUCUCCUGCUUCUUUCAUUACUGUGAAACGGUGCGCAUGGGCCUGCCGGCGACGUGGCGGUCGGAACUCGCAGCGCAGAUCAAAGCGCUGCAGAAGGCGCCUGUUCAGGGGCUGCUGCAGUUCUUGUCGGAUGGCAUCCAAGAGGUCAUCAUGGGGCGACCGCGUGACCCGUUCUACUACAUGGCCGAGUACCUUCGCUUGGCGGCGAUGCUCAUCGAUGAGCCCGACGAGCUGACGCUGUCGCGGGAGCUGCACAAGAAGCAAAUCAUCCUCGGACGCAUGCGCAACGACCUCUCCCGACUUCGAGCGCGGCGGCUGCGGGCUCUCCACGCGUGCUUGGACCUCGAGGCGACCUUGCUCGUGCCCGACUCGAUCUUGACGGACGCCGACAGAGCCUUCUUGGACCCCGAGCCGCGCUGGCUGCAGAACUAUUGGUGCCCGCACACGGAUGUCGUCGCCACGAUUGCGCCGCCAAUGAUGGCAUUCCCUGCCAUCGAGUCGGGCAACACCCGAGCCAUAUUUGAGUGCUUUGUGCCAGAAUGUCUGCAAGCCAUUGUCGAGCUUCGAAAGGCACAGUCAGAUGAUCCGAUUCGAUGGCUCAUUGCCCACUUUGAAGCCAAGUCGCCGCAGGCACAACAGCGAGCGCAGUAUGUCGACCAACUAAAGGCCGUACUCGGACAGUACCGACUCUACUACGAGCGUAUGAAGGUGCAGCCGCCCCAAGCCGAAAUCGAUGCCAACCGCGCGAGUUGCCAGCGGGACGACCUCCAGGCGCAGCUCUCCGAACGCACGCGUCUCGUAACACACAUUUCGAUCUCCAAGAUGAGGCCCCGGACGCAGCCCCGCAUGACAGGAAAGCCCGUCGUUUUCAACCUCGAAAAGCUGUGGGUACCCCCCGAGAACAUCGAGCCCAUCGACGACUACACCCCUUUUCAACUACAAGCGCUCCAUCGCGCCGAGCGGCUCGUCAUGGAAGCCGACGAAGUGCGGUACAAGGCGGUUCUGCGCUUCGACUUGGAGUACUACUCGGCGCGGCGCAUCGCCUCCAUGUACCGCUGCCACCGCGCGUACGCCAAGUACCAAAUCCUCACGGCCCGUCGCAACGCCGCCGCCGCAUCGAUCCAGUGCGUCUACGAAGCAUAUUUGUACCGAAAAGCCGUGCAACUCCCCCCGUGGUGCGUCCUCGGACAGCAAGUCAUGGUGGCCAUGGUCCUCGCCCGGCGCGCGGCGAUUUGGUUUGAAUUUUACCGGGGACGGGACUUCCCGGCGGGCAACUUUGCGACGGACGCCACCAAGUCGCUCGACGAGCUCAAAACUCGGUGUCGCCACGACGACAAGUGCGCGGCGUUUGCCUCGGACGGGUCCCUCAAGCGGUUCGUGCCCCGCCAACUCUCGCAGCUGCAGCCCUUGACCAAGCUUGGUGCUUCCACUGACGACGGCCUCUACAUCAAGCGACUGCCUCGAUCGGACGCGGACGUCAUUGCGAGUGCCAUCGUCACGAGUGUGCCCCACAACAAGUUUGGCACCGUCGAGGUCGUCUUUGACGGCACCGGCGUCGUCGAAAUGGUCCCCGUCCAAAAGCUCUCGCGCCGCUUUGCGCACGAGUAUGACUUUGGUACCGACACGUGGCAAUACGUCGAUCAAGUGUCGAGAGCGCAAGUCGCGACCGCCCCCGAGCCGUUCACCGAGGCGACCGAGCGCCAAGCCAUCAUCGACGAGCGCAAACGACUCUACACGGUCGCUAAAGACGAAGCGUACAAGCGCAAGGUCGAAGCGAGUGCCGUCAAACUCCAAUGCGCGUUUCGUAGCAAACGGGCACGGGCCAAGUUUCGUCACCUCUUGGAGGUCCGCCUCAAGGAGCUCGAGCAUCAAGCGAUUGUCGACGCGGCCGCCGCCAAAGUGGCCGAGAAGACGAAGAAGCGCUGGCGCCGCUGGUUUCGCUGGUGGAGCUAAGAGCGUCGAGUGCAAUGCACUCGUCAAUGGCAACCCAAGGAC